UGUAUGAGUCAACUUUACGUGCAAUAGAAAUAAUUCAUGUCGUUUCUUAAAAUUUGAAUAUCUUUUUUCAGUGAAUUGUCAACUAUUUGCAACAAGUUCCAUUAAAAAGAUACAUUUGUACGUCUCCUUACCUGUGGAUACCGAUUUCACCAAUAUCCAAAGUUCAUACAUCACAUAGUUGCUCGCCGCCACCCCAAAUCAAACCCGUCGCAUGGAAAGAGGUUGACGUCCCAUCGGUUUUGAUUAUUUAGCACCUUGGAAGUGAGCUUUGUCACGCUCUACUAUAAGCUUCGAAAAAUCGUUCUAGCGGGCGGGUCUUACGAUCACCGUUGUAUGUGUUGGUAUAUGCCGAUGAUGAUAAUACCUGGAGAUACUAAUUGAUACCAUUUUUUUUUGCAAAUCACCUCCUCGUGGUUCGGAAUCGACGUAACAGGUUGAAAUGUUUGAUUAAGUUGCGCAAGUGGGGAUCCAUCGUUCGAGUCGAUUAGUGUGGUCUUAUCGGUUUGAUGGAAGGACGGUGCCGAUUGGCUGAUAGUGGUUGCUCGAUGAGUUCUGCUCUAGAACAUGCGAGCUUUGUACUUUGUAAGUCAUUCGAAGUAAGCUUUCGGCAGAUUGCGGUUCGAGUGGCAUGGAAUUCAGAUUAAACGAUCAAGUGCGCUGUAAUGGGAGUUUUCGGGAAAUUGUUUACUUUGACCCAAUCGGAAAGUGAUCGUUUGUUGGGAUUAGAAUCAGCCAGUGAGUACCGGGAGCGAUGGAUAUCGAUUCGAGUGAUCUACUUUAUGGGAUUUACGAUCUACCUGGCCUUUGCGAUUGUCGCUACUUCGAUGUGGCCUUAUCUACGAAGCUUGGAUCCGGCAGCUGAGAAAGUGUUCCUGACAUAUGUGUUUGCCAUACCUUCGCUGCUGCAACUGGCGUUCAGUCCUGUUUUCGGAUGGUGGAACAACAGAAUUAAGUCGAUUCGGAUGCCGAUGGUGUUCUUUCUUAUAACGUUCAUCGUAGGACAUGUGCUGUACGCCGUGAUAGGAGAGAUCAAAGUUCAUGAAAAGUACCUGAUGGUCGUAUCCCGAGGACUUAUCGGAAUGUCAACUGUAUCGUGUACGAUCUAUCGGGCCUACAUGUCAUCUGCCACAACAGUUCCUGAGAGAACCAAGGCUAUGUCAUUCCUAUCGUUAGCCCAAACAAGUGGUAUGCUGGUGGGCUCAGCUUUGCAACCAAUAUUCUCCUUACUGGGCGAAGAUGGUUUCUUGUUUAUGGGAUCGAUCAAAGUAAAUAUGUACACUGCAGUGGCAUGGUUCUGCACAGCGCUUGGAUGCAUAAAUCUUGUUCUGAUGAUGCCUUCCGUGUUCAAUGACCAUCAAAUAGCACUGAAAGAGGCUCUGAAGGGGCAUGGCCCAAAAACUUCCAAAGCUGUCUGGCAGUCAACCAAAUUGGACUUUCUACCUAUAAAUCUCAUGUUGGCGGCAUUCGCCUUGCUGAUGUUUGUUUACACAACGAUUCAGACCCUCCUCUCCCCAAUAGCCUUGGAUCAAUUUGGCUGGACCAACGAAGAAUCUCUCUUCUACUUGGGAAUCCUGAUGACAGUUGGUGCUCUCAUUUCCUGUGUUCUCUUCCUGCUGUUGGAUCCAUUAUGCAAGCGUUUCGGCGAAUCGAACGUCCUCGUCUACGGAGCCAUGUUUGCCCUCUUCCUCAGCCAACUGAUGCUGAUUCCGUUCGGGUCGGAACCGAUCACAUCAGUCACCGAGGUGGGUAAUUUGACCGAACUCCACAAUUCCACCACCGUCGCAUCCGGUUGCCCCCUGACUCAAGAGUGGUGCCAGCGGAUACCUCCGAUCAGCAAAGUACAGUUCACGAUCUCCUACACGCUGCUUUGCGUAUCGUUCUCAAUCGGCACGACACUGAGUCAGGCUGUGUUCUCGAAACUACUGGGCCCGCGACCACAAGGCACGUGGAUGGCUUUGCUGACGUGCGCGGGUAGUGCGGCUCGCAUUUUAGGACCCGGAUCGGUCACGCUUUAUGUGCUGUUCGGAACGUACUGGACCUUUGGAGCCGGGUCGGUUUUGGCUGGAUUGGUGUUCAUCUGGAUGUGGGUUUACCGAAAUACUUUACAGCCUGCCAAGCCAGUGGUGCCACCGGAGAUGGCCGAGGAACUCAAAGUGCUUAAUUCGAAAAAUAUUGUACAAUAGUAGGGAAUUUCCACGAGAAAAUGUAGCUGUGAUCUGUACUUAUGAAAUAAGUAAUAAAGAUUUUUAUAAUUGUUUCGUUGUGAGUUAGAUUAGUAUAAUUUAACCGGAAGUUUAA